AUGGAUUAUUUGGAAUCUUGUCAGUUACAAGCGAAUGGCCUCACGACCUACCACUGGGAGAAGAUACCAGAAGUUGAGCAGGAGGCGAACACGCAGAAUCCCGAAGCUCGAGAAAAUGCUGGCGCUACUGCCGAACUCCCUGUGAAGAAGGCGAAACCAUUCAUGGGAGAAGAAGGACUCAUGCCUGACGUUUUGGACCAGAAAAUUUGGGUUAAAAUAAAGGAGGAUGUUGAGAAGCGUUUUAAAUGUACCUGUACACACCGUACAACUACAACGAAACCUCUCUUCACUCAAGAGGAGUGCCAAUACCUCCUCGAGGCUGCAAAGGUCUAUGGUGGUCACGAGCGGUGGCCAGUAGUGGUUGACCGUUGGGUCACACGGUGUGACUCUGACCUCAACUCCAAUCACUGUCCCUGUCGAGAACGUUUUUUAAAGAGUCUUAUGUAUACGAUACUCGUCCAUCUUUUAGCACUUGAGAGGAAGGAUGGUGUUCACGCCAUGAGCGACUCGCAACAGAAGUCGUGUUCGCUGCUGGCGGCGAAGUACCAUAAGGAUUAUGACGAUAAUCGAAGACAAAUUUUGGAGAAGCAACUGAAUCUCGACGAGGGUUCGAGGCUCCAUUUUCGACUCAACUUUCGGAACCUACUGCGAGCUUGCCAGAUACCAGUGACCAGCAAGUACGCUGAGUUUGUGGACGGUGUCAAGGGCGAAAGUUUCACUAAGUCGUCUCGGAAGAAGCGAAAGCGCUGA